AUGUCCCCCCCUGGCUCGGCCGCGGGAGAGAGCGCCGGCGGCGGCGGCGGCGGUGGCGGCUCGGGGGUCCUGGAGGAGCCCAUGGCAGCGGCGGACGAGGGCCCCGCCCGAGAGGAGCAGCGUCCCAUCCAGCCCUCUUUCACAAAGUCCCUCUGCCGUGAGUCCCACUGGAAGUGCCUCCUGCUCUCGCUGCUCAUGUACGGCUGCCUGGGGGCAGUGGCCUGGUGCCAUGUCACCACAGUGACCCGCCUCACCUUCAGCAGCGCCUACCAGGGCAACAGCCUCAUGUACCAUGACAGCCCCUGCUCCAAUGGCUAUGUCUACAUCCCCCUGGCCUUCCUGCUCAUGUUGUACGCCGUCUACCUGGUGGAGUGUUGGCACUGCCAAGCCCGCCAUGAGCUGCAGCACCGUGUUGAUGUGAGCAGCGUGCGGGAGCGUGUGGGCCGCAUGCAGCAGGCCACACCCUGCAUCUGGUGGAAGGCCAUCAGCUAUCACUAUGUCCGCCGAACCCGUCAGGUCACCAGAUACCGCAACGGAGAUGCCUACACUACUACCCAGGUCUACCACGAGCGUGUCAACACGCAUGUAGCAGAGGCCGAGUUCGACUAUGCGCGCUGUGGCGUCCGAGACGUGUCCAAGGCGCUGGUGGGGCUGGAGGGCGCGCCCGCCACGAGGCUGCGCUUCACCAAGUGCUUCAGCUUUGCCAGCGUGGAGGCUGAGAACGCAUACCUGUGCCAGCGCGCGCGCUUCUUUGCGGAGAACGAGGGCCUGGACGACUAUAUGGAGGCGCGCGAGGGCAUGCACCUCAAGAACGUGGACUUUCGAGAGUUCAUGGUGGCCUUCCCGGACCCAACCAGGCCGCCCUGGUAUGCCUGCUCGUCGGCCUUCUGGGCUGCGGCGCUACUCACGCUGUCGUGGCCCCUUCGCGUGCUGGCUGAGUACCGCACAGCCUACGCGCACUACCACGUGGAGAAGCUCUUCGGUCUGGAGGGCCCGGGCUCGGCUAGCAGCGUGGGCGGCGGCCUCAGCCCCAGCGACGAGCUCCUGCCCCCGCUUACCCACCGCCUGCCGCGCGUCAACACGGUGGACAGCACGGAGUUGGAAUGGCACAUUCGCUCCAACCAGCAGCUAGUGCCCAGCUACUCGGAGGCGGUGCUAAUGGACCUGGCGGGGCUGGGCGCGCGCUGCAGCGGGGCGGCGGGCGGUGGCUUCGCGCCCACCUGCCGCUACGGCGGGGUAGGCGGCCCGGGCGCGGCGGGAGUGGCCCCAUACCGGCGCAGCUGCGAGCACUGCCAGCGCGCGGUCAGCAGCUCGUCCAUCUUCUCACGCAGCGCGCUGAGCAUAUGCGCCAGCCCGCGGGCCGGCCCUGGGCCCGGCGGAGGMGCGGGCUGCGGGGGCAGUCGCUUCUCGCUCGGCCGUCUCUACGGUUCCCGACGCAGCUGUCUGUGGCGCAGCCGGAGCGGGAGCGUCAACGAAGCKAGCUGCCCCACGGAGCAGACGCGGCUGUCGAGCCAGGCCAGCAUGGGGGACGACGAAGACGACGACGAGGAGGAGGCCGGCCCGCCGCCGCCCUAUCACGACGCCCUCUACUUUCCAGUCCUCAUCGUCCACAGGCAGGAGGGGUGUCUGGGCCACAGCCAUCGGCCGCUGCACCGCCACGGCUCCUGCGUGGAGACCUCACUGUGACCUCCGGCCCUGGAGAGGCCCACAAUGUCCUCCCUCCUGCCCCUUGCCGCCUGGGCUCCCUGCGUGUAGCAGGGGGAGACACGAUGACUGAGGCUGGGCGGGUUACAGCGGGAAGCCGGUAAGGGGAGAGCGCCCAGACGGUCCCAGGUGGGACUGAGACCCCUGUCUUCCCUGUACAAAGAGACAGAAGGGUGGGAGGGGAUCAGCACCUCUCCUAAAAUCCCACCCACCUGGGCAGAGUCGCUCUUCCAGCCCCACUCAAGUUCCUAAGGAGAUGCCUCCUCCUCCUACACGCACAUUCGAGAUUUCCCGUCCAGCCUGUCAACGGGUCUCCUGACUGUUAUUUGGCAACUGUGCUGUUGGGCCUCCUCUCAAGGGAGCAGCUCGGGCAGUGCAGCUGGGAGGUGUAGAGGCUGCGGGGAAGGGCAGUUGGGGCUUUCCUUCUUCCGUUUCAUGGCCCCACUGAGGCCUCUAUUGAGGGGGCGGUGGUUUGGUGAACCCGAGGGCUGGCUUCCAACCAGCUAAUGAAUUCAGCGGGUCUGAGGCCAGGGCCAGGUGGCAGCCCCAAUACUCCAUCUCCACGUCGUGGAAAUGUUGCUGUCCUUUUCUUGGCGCUGGCCCCAAAGCUUGGGGUUUCCUUUCUGCCACUCCCUCCGCUGUUGUUUAUCUCACUGAGCCCCAGGAGCCAGAUCCUGGAGGGACUGUGCUCACCACACCUACGUCACUCAUCCCUGGCUCUGAAGAGCUGUUGCCAGGGUGCAGGGGGGAGGGGAGAGAGCCAUAGAGGGCAGAACGCCUCAGUCCUCUCUGGAAACUCCGGCAGCUUCCCAGCAGCAACCUCCUCACCUGGGUUCUGGGCGGGUGCUCCCUUUAGAGAGACUCAGGUGCCACCCUGGCAAUACUCAUUAGAGCUGGCCAGGGUGAGUGACUAAGUGGAGAGACCACGAGAUACUUGUGUGUCAAGCAGAAGAAUUAAAGAGCAGAGGGCAGCAGAGGGUACAGUGAAAGGACCUCUAAAGAUAGGGGUGCCUGGGUGGCAGCCCUUUCCUCCCCCAGAACCAUGUGGAGGAGUGGAAUGUGCUUGCCCCUUUUACACGCCUCUCUGGGGCUGAGGAUGGUGUCAUAAGUCCCAGCUGGAGAAAUACUCAAUUCCAGUGGCAGGGUCAGAGGCAGGAAUUCUCCGAAUCUUGCCUGACCACUCCAUCUUCUUCUAUCCCACAAGCUGAAGCCCUGCUGUGUGUUCCAGGGUCUUCAGAAGGGCAUCCUGCCACUGCCCUAAGGCGCUGGCCUCCUGUCCUGUUUCCCUAAAGCUCUGACACCAACUUCUCUCCCCCGUGCUCUUCCACUCCAGUGUGUGUCAGUGUGCAUGUCUUGUACAACCCAUGCCCUCCCAACUAAGGUUUUCCCAGCAGAUUUAGCGUCCCAGGGUUGAGCUCACUUUUCAGCCUAGACGGGAUUCCCUGGGGCCACCCAGGCACGGCCCACCCCUGCUGCUUCUUGCUUUGCCUCAGCCAUCAGAUCUCCACCUCCAGCCUCUCCCAUAUUCCUCCAGCCCAGCCAGGCCUGCCCUAUAGAGGGGUGUGGCCUCCACCUAUGCAACAUCACCCUGGCUCCCCUUCCCUCCUUCCCAGGAGGAAAUGGGGGUGGAGGGAAUGGACAAAUUGUGGAGACGCCAUAGCCCAUGGCUCAUUAAGGAGUUGAACUUUCCAAUUACAUCAUAGAUAGCUGAGUGAGGAGGGAGAGGACGUCAGAGAGGGAGAGGUUUGGGCAGAAGGGAACAGCUGCCCACUGAGUUUUCCUGGGCAUCAGUGUUCACCUGCCUGCCAGUAUGAAACCUGCCUGGACCCUGAGUCUGUGCUUCUCAGGGAUCUGGAAGCAGGAACACCCUCUUUUCCUCUGAAUGGACAUCUGUGAGGUACAGGUGGUGAGUUGUGGCCUCAGGCCCCAGUUCUUGGCCUGGCACAUGGAUGUCCUGUCCCCAUAUGGGGUCAUUUUGGCCACCUUGUGGCUCCAAGGCUGGAGAUACUUGGCUCCUCCCUCAGGCCCAGUCCUGAGACCACAGCCUGGCCUCAGAAGAUGGGAAGAGGAGCCCUGUUAUACUUUUCCCCUGAAUGGACCAUUUCUGCCUAGGUCUUCUCACACAGACUCAGCUCCCACACACGCACAGACUUAGAGAGAAACCAAUUCUUUGGUCUAUUUUCUUGGUGACUUUAUUGAUUGCCAGGGAAAACGAAAACCAGAAAAUUAAUUAAUCUCUAAAAUUAAACUUUACACUGAAUGUUCUUGUUUCUCUAAUUAGAACCUCUGCUAGCAGCUGUGGCUACACACACACCUACCCUCACACCUACACGUUUGCACUCCGGAACUGUCAGAGGGUGUCAGGCAUGGAAGGACUUUAGGUGGCCCAGACAGGUACAUGCUGCAGUCACUCCCAAGCCCCCUUUGGUGCUCUGCUCAGCGCCUGUUUGUUAGAAGGCAGGCACUCCUGGAUUGUGGUUGUAGCCCAUGGCCCGCCCUAUGGGGACAUGGAUUUGGAGGCUCUGGGCCACUCAGCCCAAAGAGAAUGGAGGAUGAAGCUCAGCCUGAAUCCAUCAGUCAGGUCCUCUUGUGGCCCCAUGGGCUGAUGUGAUUCCUUUGGGUUUGGUCCCAGGUUGGGCAGCCACAGAGUGCUGGGGAUUCAUGGAGAGCACCUGGAAGGCUCCAUGGUCCUGGGGACAAGGGCUUGUGGGGUGGGCUGGGCCUGGCUGGGGAGAAGACAGGUCUCUGUCAAUUGGGUGCA